CUCUCAACAUCAUUAAUUUGAACUUACAGUGCUUACUUAAGUCCUGGCAAAUCAUAGGUGGUGGAAAUGUCUGUACCAAGAUUCCAAAAAAUAAACUUUGGAACAUACGAUAAUUACAUUCCAGUCAGUGAAUUAAGCAAAAAAUCAUGGAAUCAGCAACACUUUGCCCUGGUAUUUCCCAAACCACCACGGCCAGGAAAAAAAAGGAGAUCAAAACCAUCUCAACUACGAGACAAUACAGCUCCUAAAUAUGAUGAAGAGAAAUUAAGAGAAGGUCCUAAACGACCGUUAUGGAUGCACAGUUCUUUAAUGAGAAUUUCUGAAAGACCAUCUGAUUAUUUAGCUGCCAGGAUAUGGCCCCUACAUAAACCAACCCAUCACUCCAAGGAGGUUGCUAAAGUAGCAGAUGUACACAAACCUGUAUCUCCAGCAAGAGGUAAGAAAGAUAAAGAACACAAGAAAGCAGACAAGAAAGACAAAUCAGAAUCAGAACCAGAAUCCACAGUUUCAAAGGGGCCACUAAUAACUAGGAAGGAGUCAAAGAAAGAUAAGGAUAUAGAAACAGGAACUAAAGGUGAAAAAGAUGUUGCAAAAACAGAUGUCAAAAAAGAGAAGAAACAUACAAAGAAGGGUAAGGAGUCAGCUACAGAAUCUGAAGAGGAACAAAAAGGUGCAAAAAAAGAUACCAAAAAAGAAAGAAAAGAUUCAAAGAAGGGUAAGGAGUCAGGUACAGAAUCUGAAGGUGAAAAGAAAGAUGCCAAGAAAGGUGCCAAGAAAGAAAAGAAAGAUUCAAAGGACAAGGAGUCAGGUAUAGAAUCUGAGGGUGAGAAGAAAGAUGCCAAGAAAGAUGCCAAUAAUGAAAAGAAAUAUUCAAAGGACAAGGAGUCAGGUACAGAAUCUGAAGGUGAAAAGAAAGGGGCCACGAAAGGUGCCAAAAAAGAUAAGAAAGAUUCAAAGGACAAGGAGAUAAGUAUAGAAUCUGAAGGUGAAAAGAAAGGGUCCACAAAAGGUGCCAAGAAAGAUAAGAAAGACUCAAAGGACAAAGAGUCAGGUACAGAAUCUGAAGGUGACAAGAAAGAUGCCAAGAAACAAAAGAAAGAUUCAAAAAAGGGCAAGGAGUCAGGUACAGAAUCUGAAGGUGAAAAAAAGAAUUCAAAGAAAGAUGCCAAGAAAGAUAAGAAAGAUUCAAAGAAGAGCAAAGAAUCAAGUAUAGAAUCUGAAGAUGAAAAGAAGGGUGCCAAGAAGGAUAAGGAUGGGAAAAAAGAUUCAAAGAAACCAGGAGAAAAAGAUGAUGAGUCAAAAGACAAGAAAGAAUCCAAGAAAGAUGCAAAGAGAAAGGUGAGUAAAAAAGAGAAGAAAGAUGAAAAGCCCAGUGGGACAGAUACUGAAUCAAAAGAUGAUGCCAAGAAAGAUGCCAAGAAGAAAGCCAAGAAAGAUGCCAAGAAAGAUACUGACACAGAAUCUCCUGAUGCAAAGAAGGAUGCAAAGAAGGAUACAAAGGAUGCAAAGAAGGAUGCAAAGAAGGAUGCAAAGAAGGAUGCUAAGGCAAAGAAAGGCAAGUAGGCCUUGGAUAAAAUUCAAAAGCAUGUUUGAUAAAACAAUUUUAGCAAUCUGAUACUAAAUCUAUGAGUGACAGGGGGCCUCAAAGAAUCAAAUAAUUUUUAAAAUGGAGCAAAGAAGAAUACAAAGAAAGACUCAUAAAAUCAUAAAAAUAUAAAGAAGAAAAGAAAAAUUAAGAGAUGAUUCAAUGAAGAACUUGGAGGAUACAUAUGCUAAGUUUGGGGAUAUGAAGGAUUCAAUGAAAAAUCCCUAGAAAUGUUCAAAGAAGAAUAUUCAAAUCAGGAUGUAGAAGUUAAUGACACUGGAUCUGUGGAUAGUAAAAAAAAUAUAUAUAUCAAGACUUCAAAAAAAUCCGAGGUAGACAUUCAAUCUAUAUAAUCAAACUGUGAAGCUGCAUCCACAGAUUUAAAUAAAGAACUAUAGGUGUAUCAGAGGAAGUCAAAAAAAUUUCAGAAAGUCUUUCAAAUAAAUACAAAUUAAAAGUAGCAUUCUUCAAAAAAAAAAAAUAUGGAAGGAAGGAAGGAAGGAAGAAAAGAAUAGCUUCCUUGUGAACCUAUACCAUCAUCCCUGAAGUGUAAACAGCCACACCAGGUUGAUGGAAAUUAAAUUCCACAUCCAAGCCAAGACAUACACACUUGAAUAUAGUAGCCAACUUCUCUCCAUUUAAGACAGGAAAAUCAAACUUUUCCAAAUUACCAAGGUAUUCACCAACUCAGUAAAUGAUGCCUGCUGACUCAAUCAAAAAUUGAGAAUAUUAUAAAACAAGAAGAUGCUAAACAGCAUAGAGAUAACUGCAAACAUGAGCAUGGAAGAACUAAGGAAAGAUAUGUAGAAAAAAGAACACUUAUCAAGGUCUUUCUGAAAGUACAAGGGAACCUUGCUCAACCAUCAUGUCAUCAUGAAGGAGGGACAAGAAAAGAAUAUAAAACACAGAACUCAAAGCAGAAUGGGAAAGUACUAUCUCACAUCCAAAUACCAUUAAUUCUAAAAAGCAUUAGAAAAAAUGAAUUAUGCCUGGAGACAAGGCUUAGAGCCAAACCAGGAGAACAGCUUUAAUGGGAGUCAUUCGCUAAACCACCUAAUGAAAGUGAAACAAAGAUGAUCAAGAUUAUGACUGUGUGAAGUCUCCCACCCAUCAGAAACCCUACUGUAAUUGCAUGAAAUGAUCUGGAAAAAAAAAAGAAUGGCCAUCAACUAUAUUCAGCAUGCUCUGUUUAUCUCUUCAGAAACUUCUCCUUCAUGAUGUUUCCCCCCAUCACCCCAGUGAAACAUGCAGACUACCAUGAAGAUAUACUAAAAAUUCUAACACCCUGGAGGAGUCUAAAUCCCAUUCAGUUGCAAAUCUUCCUGUCAUGGGAGUUGAUUGCCAGCUCUAAUUUUGAGUGAACGCAUUAAACAUGAUGGUGAAAAUAUCAAUUAAAAAAAUCUACUCUCCAUA